AUGUCAUCCACACCGACAACAACGACGAAGAAACGCCCGGCCUCGCCAUCACCCACAGCCGACGAUGUAGAAGAUCUCAUUGCCGCGGCGGCCGCGGCCGCGUCAGGAGACAAACCCGCCAGCAGAAGCGUCGAGGGGAGUGAUGAUCGGGUCUUCAUUUCCUCGCCGAUCCACGACCGCCAGUCCACGUUCGUGGCGCACUUUCACGCCGCGCCGGGGGUUUUUGCGAAACCGUCCGGAACUGGAUCCGGAAGCGGUACGAAACCGCUAUCGCUGUCCCUGACAGCAACGGUCAAACGGCUCCAAGCACACCCGGCGUUUGCGAGCGCGAGCCACCGCAUCGUCGCGUGGCGGCGGCGGUCGAGCCAGCAGACACUCUUCACCACCACAACAGCCGCGUCCAACACACCCGGCGGCGCCGCCACCGCCGCGGGAGGAAGACCCAUCUACACGACGGGCUCGGAGGACGACGGCGAAAAGUACGCGGGCAAGCGACUCGAGCGGCUCCUGGCCGACCUGGACGUCGAGGGCGUGGUCGUCGUCGCGAGGUGGUAUGGUGGUGUGUUAUUGGGCCCUGUGAGGUUCACGCACAUUGAGGACGUGGCGCGCGAGGCUGUGCGGAAAUGGCGCGAUAGCCUUGGUGGUGGUGGCGGUGGUGGCGGCGGUGGUGUUGGAUCGGGAUCCAAGAGGCAGAGACUUCUUCCCGAUGAUGACGGCGUUGGUGGCGGUGGUGACGGCGGAGAUGACGAGGAAGCAGAGGCAGAAGCAGCCAUCAAGUCACGACUCGCUGACCAGCUCGCCGAGCGGGACCGCAGCAUCGUCGUCCUGCGAGGCCUGUUGGCCGACAAGACCAAAGCCGCGACAGAGAACGCAGGGACACCAGCAGCACCGUCGUCACAGUCGCAGCCACAACAACCACCACCAUCCGCGCCCUCCUCGCCAGCCGCCCCCCAGAAAAUUGAUUACAUCGCGAUGCCACUGACGAAGCUGAAGCAACUGGAAAAGGCACGGGACGCUACGAUAGCUUUUAUCCUGAGGCAGCUGGAUAAGCUUGAGGAAGAGGAGAAGAGAGGCGGCAAAAAGGAAGUUGGGAAUCCAUGA